GAGUCGGGGCUGAUGCAGGACACCACUGCUGCAGGCUUUGCUCGAGCAUCGAGCAUCUUGGGUUGCGCCUAUUGCAGCAUUCCCCUUUGGUACCGGUUUACCGGUCAUCCGAACCUAGCCUGCACGUAGGCCUGGCAGCCACAGCGAGGUAGCACCGGGCUUGUAUCUUCCAGGGCACCGCUGAAAUGGCCGAACGCGUGCGUGACAUUCAGUCGGAGAUUGACAAGGUGACAAAAGAGAUAAAUGAUGUUGAAGCGCAAGUGAGCAAGGCAGCAGACAAAGUGGAGAAGGCAGAAGCAGAAGUGGAGAAGGCAGAAGCAGAAGUGGAGAAGGCAUGGGCGACGCGUCGCGAAAUAGCCAAGAAGCUGAAGCACCCAGAUCUCAGCGAGAAGGAGCGGGCGGCGCUGGUUGCGGAGCAGGAGUCGUGCGUCGCGGACUUCACAGCUGCCGACAAAAAACUGGAUAGGCUGAGCAGGAAGGAGGAACAGCUGCGCACGAAGAAGGAGCAGCUGCGCAAGAAGGAGGAGCAGCUGCGCAAGGAGGAGGAGCAGCUGCGCAAGGAAAAGGAGCAGCUGCGCAACAAGGAGGAGAGGCUGCAACAGGACGGCGCGGCGGGGAGCACGUCAGGAGCCGACGUGAAGAAGAAGCUGUCCCCACAAGAGAUCAUGGACAAGGUAUACAAGGACGCCACGUAUACGGCGCCCGUCCGAGCACGUGGCGCCCCCGAGGCGAGCCACGUGGCAGCGGUUCACGCUGGAUGAAAAGAAAAAGAGCUGACUAGCAGUGGACGGCGAGGCGGGCAUCGCGGCCCUCCGUCUCUGCGGCCCAGUGCUGGUCCUGCUGGCCGUUGUGUUCCAGGUGCGGGGCAUCGGCGGCCGGUACACGCCGCCUGUGCUCCUUGCUGUCGGGCUUGUCCUGACAGCAAUGUGGGCCAUUGGGCUUGUGGUUCAUGGCGGCGGUGCUGUCAGAGAUCCGGGUGUGCGACAGCGCCGCCAUGUUCUGCGGAGUGGCCAUGCUAGCGGGCAUGUGUGUGCUGUUUGUCUUGGAUUGGCACGAUUUGGCUUUCCGGGACGCUGCGCGGCGGGUGCUGGACGCUGCCAGCUAUGCGUACAUGUUGUUGGAGAACGAGGUGCGCGACGUUGCAAAGGACAUCGGGUUCGACAUGUUCGCCUUCGACUUCAGCAAGCAAUGCUUCAAGCUAGCGUGCAAGUUGGUGUACAAGCAGGGACGCCAGCGCUGGGACUGGAUGACGGGCAGUCGCCUGUGAGUAGGACGGACUGCUUCAGGGUGAGACUGAUUAGGAGGGAUGUGGAGGUCGCCACGCCGCCGCAAAGCAAGGCGGGGCAGAGUUGGAGCAGGGCCGGGCACUUGGAUGUUUGUUGCAGAGAGAACGCUGCUGGAGGAGGAGGAUGGCCCGGAGACAGAUCGUGUGGGAGAGGGGCACUCGCGGCCGUCAAGGUACCGUCAGUUGUUGUCGUUAUGUUGUUCUCUUGGACGGGCUUGCUGCUCUCAUAACAGGCCAGUGCCUCGCAUCUAACCCUAUGGCGGCUUAGUGCUCAGCAGUGCAGCGCCCCGCCCGCCUCCAUGACUACCGGUAGUGCGAGUGGGGCUGAUGGAGGACACCACAGCUGCAAGCUUUGCUCGA